CGGACAUCGGACGCCACGUGAAAGUAAUUGUGACUCAAUUGGACAUCUGCAAAUUUUAUUCUAUGUGCAUGUACAACUUCUUGUGUCACUGAUAGAGGGGUUCCUAGAUAGAGGGGUCAACCUCAGCUUCUCAUAGCCAUGGCAAAUCAAAGCACAACUGCCUCAGCGGGCGGCCUCAGGCCAUCCCAGCGAUAUCUCAGCACGCGGGGGAAGGACCGCGAUCUCUCCUUCGAGACGGUUGUCAUGAAUGGUCUGGCCACCGACGGUGGAUUAUACUUGCCAGAAGAGAUCCCAGACGCUUCGUCCACCCAUUGGGAGCAAUGGAAGGAUCUCUCCUUUCCGGAACUUGCUUUCGAGAUCUUCUCAUUGUAUAUCUCCCGCGACGAGAUCCCUGCCGAAGACCUGAAAGACAUCCUCGACCGGAGCUACAGCCCUGCGGCAUGGCGCGCAAAAGAAGUAACGCCCCUGGUCAAGUUGAAUGAUCUUUAUGUGCUCGAACUCUUCCACGGACCGACUUUCGCAUUCAAGGACGUAGCUCUUCAGACCCUGGGUAAUCUGUUUGAGUAUUUUCUGUUGAGGAAAAAUGCAGGGAAAGUUGGUCGAGAUAGGCACCAUCUGACGGUCAUUGGUGCCACGAGCGGGGAUACUGGAAGCGCUGCCAUAUACGGUCUCCGGGGCAAGAAGGACGCGGAUAUUUUCAUCCUCCACCCGCGCGGACGUGUAAGCCCCAUCCAGGAAGCACAGAUGACCACUGUGCUGGAUUCCAAUGUACACAACCUUGCGGUUGAGGGGACCUUCGAUGACUGCCAGGAUAUUGUGAAAGCGCUCUUCGCGGAUCCCGAAAUCAACCGGACCCUGAACCUGGGCGCGGUGAAUUCCAUAAACUUCGCUCGCGUUCUUGCUCAAAUCACCUACUAUUUCUCGUCCUACUUCUCCCUGUGUAAAGCAGACGGUUCAUUCAAACUCGGCGAUAAAGUGCGAUUUGUGGUGCCGACUGGAAACUUUGGCGAUAUUUUGGCAGGCUACUUCGCGCAUCGCAUGGGCCUGCCCGUGGAGAAGCUUGUCAUCGCCACAAACGAGAACGAUAUCUUGCAUCGUUUCUGGCAGAGCGGCCGCUACGAAAAGAAGCCAACCGGCUCUCCCAUCACGGUCGCAGACAUGGACGAUGUGCGGGAAACGCUGAGCCCAGCAAUGGAUAUCCUGGUGUCCAGCAACUUUGAGCGCCUCCUCUGGUUUAUGGCCCAUGAACAGGCCCUCAGCCCCCCUGGAGUGGACGACACGGCGGCCAAGAGGCAGGCGAGCCAAGAAGUUGCGCAAUGGCUCACCGACUUGAAGAGCAAAGGCGGCUUCGAAGUCCCUGCGGGCGUGCUGCAGACGGCGAGGAGAGAUUUCGAGAGCGAGCGUGUGAGCGAUCAGCAGACUGUCGAGACGAUCAAGGCCACAUAUGAUAAGCUGGGCUACAUCCUGGACCCCCACAGCGCGAUUGGGGUGUGUGCUUCCCUGCGCUCGCUUUCUCGCAGUAGCGUCCCGCACAUCGCGUUGUCGACGGCACACCCGGCCAAGUUUGCUAAAGCCGUCGACCUGGCGUUGAAGAACGAGCCGGGAUACGACUUCGAGGGCAAAGUCCUUCCUCCCCAGUUUCUCGGGUUGGAAACUAGGGAGAGGCGGGUCAAGCUUGUUGAUAGCAAUAGCUGGGAAGAGGUCGGGCGACUUGUGAAGGCAACUAUAGAGGGAAAAGUCGUGUCUGCCGCAUGACGCCCUUAGAGAUGAGGGGGCAAGGUCAAAAUAGACGCAGCAUACAUUAGCAAGGAGUGAUAGAUAAAUGAACCCCACAGAGAUAUUGCCUGAGGGCAGCGAGUAUUGGCGUCAAGCUUUACAGCCCUUCCAUGGGUAUGGCAUCAAUUGGAUUGUACCAUUUCUCUUGUAACAGUCGGGAGAGAAUGUCCUGGGUCCGGGCAUGGGUCAAUAUCCAUCCAUCUAGCCCUCUUUUCGAGCUGGGCAACCUUUCGGGGAUCCUGGCUUUGAAGUCGGUUGGCUCAGGUAAUUAUUAGCUGGCCUGGAUGCCUCUGUGGUAUGUCUAGCCAUUUGGAAGGUUGACUCUGUAUGCAUGAAGAAGUUUACAAAACGGUAGUUGUGGUGAUGGUUCCCAUGACAGCGAAGAUACAAUGGUAAUGUACCUCGACAAGGAAGGGCAUGGUCAUGGCGGGGAGACCCUGGUCAUCCACAGGUGCAGAUUUCGGGGCUGCAGCAGCGAU